AUGCCCGCCUACCAAUCUUUCCCUGUCAUCAAUCAGCACUUUAUUGUUGAUCGCAAGUAUCAGUUCAUCCGCGAAAUGGGCCAAGGUGCCUAUGGCGUUGUGUGUGCUGCCAAGGACACAGAAUCCGGUGAACAAGUUGCCAUCAAAAAGGUCUGCAGGAUAUUUGAAAAGAACAUUCUCGCCAAACGAGCUCUUCGCGAGGUCAAGCUUCUCAAGCAUUUCAACGGACACGAGAACAUCACCUCGGUUAUUGACAUGGAUAUUGUCAACUUGCAAGAUUUCAAUGAGUUGUACCUUGUUCAAGAGCUGAUGGAAGCUGAUUUGCAUCAAAUCAUCCGGUCCGGUCAACCUUUGACGGAUGCCCAUUUCCAGUACUUCGUGUAUCAAAUCUGCCGAGGUCUCAAGUAUAUUCAUAGUGCCAAUGUACUCCACCGUGACUUGAAACCAGGCAACUUGUUGGUGAAUGCUGAUUGUGAGCUCAAGAUUUGCGAUUUUGGCUUGGCUCGUGGCUAUUCGGAAAGUCCAGAGAGCAAUGCUGCUGGCUUCAUGACUGAAUACGUUGCUACUCGAUGGUACCGAGCUCCUGAAAUCAUGCUAAGCUUCCAAAACUAUACCAAAGCCAUUGACAUGUGGUCUGUGGGUUGUAUUUUUGCCGAAAUGCUGGGUGGCAAACCCCUUUUCAAGGGAAGAGACUACGUUGAUCAGUUAAACCAGAUUCUCGGCAUUCUUGGUACACCAGAUGAAGAGACCUUGAGACGUGUCGGCAGUGAAAGGGCUCAAGUGUACAUCCGAAGCCUUCCUCGCAUGCCAAAGAUCCCAUUCCAAAACUUGUAUCCCAGAGCUAACCCACUCGCCAUUGAUUUGUUGAACAAAUUGCUCGAAUUCGAUCCCGCCAAGCGGAUCACUGUUGAAGAGGCCCUUGCACACCCUUAUCUGAGUGCGUACCACGAUGAAGAUGAUGAGCCUUCGCACACUGAGACUUUUGACUUUUCGUUCGAGGUGGUUGAUUCAAUUGAAGAUAUGCGCAAAAUGAUUGCCCAAGAAGUCAUGUCAUUCAAGGCCAACAAGCAAGGUUUGAUGCCUCCUCAAGCAGGUGCAAAUUUGCGACGAAAGGAAAGCUUAUCGGCACAAGAUCGUGAAGCACUUGAGCGAAGUAAACAAGCUGCAGCACAACAACCACGAGGAGGUGAACAAGAAGCCAAUGUUGCAGCUGGUGGAUCAGUAGCAGCAUCAGCAGUUGGCAACCAUGCUGUCCACCACAUGGAAGUUGAUGAGCUGGAACGCGAGCUUAGUGGACGUGCUUAG